AUGGAGCAUCCAGUGAAGGAAAUCAAGACGGUCAUUCGCGACUUGGUCCAAGGCUCGCCCAAGGAGCAGUAUGACGCCCUCUUCAACCACUUCACCGAGGAUGCCGCCUUCACCCACCCCUUCUGUCACGUGCCAAGCUUUGGCAACGUCGACAUUCCCUUCCUCUUCACCAUCAACUCGCGGUGGCUCGUCCUCAUGAUUUACCGAUGGUAUCGCAUUCUGAGUCCCAACAUUGCAAUGAAUAUCGAGUCGGCUGUCCUAGAUCAAAGAGCAAAUCUUCUAUACGUUAAGAUGAGCCAAGACUUCCGGCUAUGGUUCGUCCCUUUCUACUCCGCCCCUGUCGACUUCGUCGUCGUCCUCCGUCUCGAGACACGCAACGUCGAUGAUCAAAACCGGCCUCUGCCUCGCAACCAAACCGACGCUUCUGCCGUCGGCGCCCGCCAGCGCCACUUCAUCAUCCACCAGGAGGACCACUACCAGGUCGGCGAGUGGCUUAGGUUCCUUGUCCCCUUCUUCGGAUACUGGGCCUGGCAUGUCUGGACUCUCUUGUCCACGAUCCUGUGUGCUGCCGGCGCCCUGAUUGGGUACCCCGUCACCCGGUACUUUGACUGGCAGGCCACGACGCAAAAUGGCGCCCAGUGCGAGAUCUUUUGCUCCAGGUUGCGCCGCCUUUUCGAGCGUCUCCGCUCCUUGGGGCGCCGCCUUUUCGAGCUCCUCCGCCCCUUUGCCGAACACGUGUUCAAUCCCCUACGCCCCGUGGGCCACCGCGUUGCCGAUUGGCUUCAAACUACGCCCGUGGGAAACUUUGUGAGGAAGCAGAUUGGUCUCCUACUUUUCGUGGUCGUCUAUGGUACCAUGUACGUCAUCCUCUUUAUUGGGUGGCCUUGGUAUUUGCUCUACAAGAACAUCUGCAACGGCGACGGGACGAACAAUAGCGACUAUUACACUGAGGAAGAAGUGGCGUGGAUGGACCUGACGUUGUAG